AUGAGGACCAUCAACGCUUUCGAAUGUUGGCCAUUCCCAGACAAGGAGGAGCUUAAACAUGAUAAAAUCAUGUCUAUGCUACCUCCGAUGGUUGUUCCAAAACGGUCAAGAAGUCGUCGCCGCCGUAGUAGAUACGUGAGAAAUUUGAAUAGAUCAAAUAUAUGUUCUACUGGUGGUGGUACUUCGGCGUCUAGGGAAAAUUUAUCAAUUAGGUCAAAUUCGAGGCCCCGCAAAAUUGAGGAUAUUAUAGAUCAAAAAAAGGAUAAGGAAAAACAUUUGUCAAUGCCAACGCCACCUCAGAUGCUGAUAAAUCUACCACCCCCUCCGCCACUUCCUCCAAUUCCAACAUAUCCUUCCAUGCCACCUCCACCACCUCGGCCUCCAAAAACCCAAUUAUGUUCCCCGUCGCUUUCACAGAUCGAGAACAUGUUAAAUAUUAUUGUACUUGAUGACGAAGAAGAUGAGGAUCCACAAAUGGUGAGCAAAUUCAGAAAAGGGAUGAAGAGAUUAAAUGUUGAACUGUCAAAAUCAAAUGAAGGAUGCUUGACUUUGGACAAAGAAAAAGAGGAAUUGGAGAUUAAUAGUCUUGCGGUGGAUAUUGAGACAACGGAAGAGUCUCCACUGAAGUUGCCAAUGAAACGAUCAUUAAACAAAAAUCUUAUGGUGGCACCGAAGAUCAACUUUGUCGUUAACGGGGAGCACAAUAUGAAAAUCAAGAAGAAAGAUAAAGAUGAAGUUAAAGUUGAAGAGUUAACUACAUCUAAGUCAAUUUUGAAGCCAGAUGCAUACACAAUUGGGAAAUCACGAUUCUUUCCUAAAAAGGAGAAAAAGGGAGUAAGAAAUAACAAUGUGGAGCUGAAUUUUAAUGGCAUGUCAAACAUUAAGAUGAACCACCCUGAGAAAUCAAGUAAAAGAGGUUCUUAUAGUGGUUUACCUGUGAACAAUAUUUCCAAUCAGUUCAACCAAGAAAAUGUUAUCGUUGUAAAGCAAGAGUUGUUCGAUCCGAUUGACUCUGAGUGGAAACAUGUAAGAGAUCCUUUCGUCAAACAAAAUAAACAAGACAAAGUUUCUCCUAAGGAAUGUCCUGAUGUUAUUUCACCAGGUUCUAGUCUACCUAUAAUGAGUCUGAAGGGUAGAGAUGGUUCUAUUGGUAGAAGCAUCACAGAGAAGGAAAAACAACAUGUUGUGGUAACCGAUUUUCCUGUUCGUGAAGAAUCUAAAAGAAGGCAUUAUUAUGAAGGUGGUGCUAAAAUAAAACCACAUUCGGGUUCACAGUUGCAAAUUUCCUCUGAGAAGGUUUUUCAGCCAAUGAACCUUCCUAGUAAUCCAAUAUUACAAACGAACAUAUUGAGGAAUAAUCCGAAUUCGUUGUUUUUGAAUAAUAAUCAUAUAUCUCAUAAUCAAAGCCUCGGUGACAGAAGAAAUGCUGGUUCAAAUUUUCAAGAGAUGUUUAUAGGAAGAACAAAUCCUCGAGGAUACGGCUUUCAGCCUUCAUUGAGCAAUGCUGAAAUGAAUGAUAGAAAAAGGGGACAUCAUGAUGCAAGUUCACCUUUGAGGUUACCAUUAUCAUCACCACCAUCAACAUGGAUAUCAUCCUCAACCUCAACUCAUGAAAGGCUUCUUAGGCCCAUUUCAAGUAGUAGUUUUCCUCCAAAUACAUGGAACAUGAAUUUUAGUACAUCGUCUUCCAAUCAUCCAAUGAAGGCCAUGUAUCCUCCAAACUCUCUGAAGAAUUCCAAUGUGUAUCAUGUACCAAUUGUUCAACCUACUCCUAUUUUGAAUCAACCAUCUGCCAUAAAGGGUAGCCAUCAUGCAUUUUCAAAUUCUAGGAAGAGACGAGCUGUUGAAAUUAUUGAUUUCACAAAUCCUCACAAGUUACCAUAUGUGGGUGCAAAUUCUGAAAGCAACAUAGGAGAAGCUGAAAUUGAUACCUCUGAUGUUCCAAGAAGUCGUCUAGGGGUUGAUCCCAAUGCCCAGAAAUCAGAGAAGGAUUAUAUAAUUAAUUUGACUUGAGUUUGUUGUACAAGAACUAAUCAAGUUGCGGAGGUAGGAAGUGAAGCUUUCAACAGAGUAGAUUACUAGAGCUUGCGAAGAUAGGGUGUGGAGCUUUAUCAGAGUAGAUCACCAAAUCCUUACGGAGAUAGGAAGUGAAGUUUCAUUAGAAUAGAUCAUCAGAGUCUUUUUAGU